AUGAAGGCUUUCUUAGCGAUUGUGCUGCUCUGGGCAUCCUCCGUGGAGUGCCAGCAAAGAGGUCUUUUCCCUGCUAUUCUGAACCUUGCCAGCAAUGCCGAAAUCACCACCAAUGCCACCUGUGGAGACCCCAAGCCUGAAAUGUACUGUAAAUUAGUGGAACACGUGCCAGGUAGACGCAUUCGCAACCCUCAGUGCCGGAUCUGCGAUGCCAACAGUGCCAACCCAAAAGAACAACAUCCAAUCACCAAUGCUAUUGAUGGCACCAACCAAUGGUGGCAGAGUCCCAGCAUCAAAAAUGGGCGUCAGUUUCACUGGGUGACCAUUACUCUAGACCUACGACAGAUCUUCCAGGUGGCCUACGUUAUCAUCAAGGCAGCCAACUCUCCUCGGCCAGGGAACUGGAUUCUGGAACGCUCGCUGGAUGGCGUUGACUACCAGCCUUGGCAGUACUACGCCAUCAGUGACACAGAGUGUCUCACCCGUUACAACGUCACCCCUCGUCUGGGGCCGCCCACUUACAAGAGAGACGAUGAGGUCAUUUGCACUUCCUAUUACUCCCGCCUGGUGCCUCUGGAACACGGAGAGAUCCAUACCUCACUGAUCAAUGGGCGACCAGGUGCGGACGACCUGACCCCAGAACUGCUGGAGUUCACCUCGGCCCGCUACAUCCGUCUCCGCCUACAGAGGAUCCGCACACUCAACGCUGACCUCAUGACCCUCAGUUACCGUGACCCAAAAGAGGUCGACCCCAUCGUCACGCGCAGGUAUUACUACUCAGUCAAGGACAUCUCAGUGGGCGGCAUGUGCAUCUGCUAUGGCCACGCCCAGAGCUGCCCCUGGGACCCCGUCACUAAGAAAUUGCAGUGCGUGUGUGAGCACAAUACAUGUGGGGAGAGCUGUAAUGAGUGUUGCCCUGGUUACCACCAGGAGCCGUGGCAACCAGGAACGCUCUCCGAUGGCAACACUUGCGAGAAGUGUAACUGCCAUAACAAGGCAGACAACUGCUACUAUAACCAGACUGUGGCAGAGCGGGGGCUGAGUCAGAAUGUCAACGGCCAGUUUGUGGGAGGUGGAGUGUGUCUAAACUGUUCUCAGAACACUGCUGGAGUCAACUGUGAAACCUGCACUGAUGGCUUUUACAGACCCCACAAGGUAUCUCCAUACGCUGAUAACCCCUGUGUGGAGUGUGACUGUGACCUGAGAGGUUCUAUCAGUCCAGCCUGCAUCAGAGACGACACCCACGCCAAGCCCGAGAAAGGUCUGAACCCAGGUCAGUGUCUGUGUAAAGAGGGCUUUGCUGGGGAGAAGUGUGACCGCUGUGCGUUUGGGUACAGAGAUUUCCCUCUGUGUACACGCUGUGAGUGUAGCCUGGCCGGCAGCCAUAAUAUUGACCCCUGCAGGGACUGUAUCUGCAAGGAGAACGUGAUGGGAGCACACUGUGACCUGUGUAAGCAUGGCUUUUAUAACCUUCAGGCCUCCAAUCCAGAGGGAUGCACGGAGUGUUUCUGCUUUGGUGUGUCUGACGUGUGUGAAAGCUCCACCUCAUUCACCUCCACGAUUGUACACAGAGAUGGCUGGCUUCUCCCCAACAUUGAGAGUAACUCAGUGCAUGCCAUACCAAUCGCCGAGGACAACCUCAUCAUUUCACAUAACGUCACGGCAACCAGAGGCUACCACUCUGUUUCCUCAUGGACUGCCCCAGAGUCAUUCCUUGGCAACAAGCUGACGGCCUACGGAAACUUCCUGAACUUCAGCGUAGCGUAUGAUGUCUCUGUGGAGAACGUGGACAAGUCUCUGCCUUCGUAUUUUGAUUUGAUUAUAGAGGGCAACGGGAGGAGCCUGCGGCAGUCCCCCUCCAAACGGGUCGUCCUCACGCCUCUGAGGGAGCAGCGUGUCACCGUGGAGAUGCUGCCACACAUGUUCGUGGACGUCCAAUCCGGACGGCGGGUCCAGAGGGAUGAGCUGAUGACUGUUUUGGCCAGCGUGACGGGGCUGAGGGUCCGAGCACACCUGAACACCAGCUCAGAGCCGGCACUGAGGCUGAGUACUGUCUCACUAGACAUGGUGGAUCCCAAUUCCAACAGUUCUCUCACGUCCCCCGAUGUGGAACAGUGUGAGUGCCCGUGGGGUUAUUCCGGAACAUCCUGUGAGUACUGCACCUCUGGCUUCUACCGAGUGGGCGGGAUUCUGUUUGGUGGGAACUGUCUGCCGUGUGAAUGUAACGACCACGCCAAGGAGUGUGACAGUGAUGGUGUGUGUUUGGGCUGUAGUCACAACACCACUGGGCCUCAGUGCGACCAAUGCCUGCCAGGUUACUAUGGUGACCCUACCGAGGGCACGGCCGAAGACUGCCAACGAUGCGCUUGCCCGCUGACAGCAGCCUCAAACAAUUUCAGUCCGACCUGCUCAUUGGGCCCAAAGGGAUUCACAUGCGACCAGUGCCAGCUGGGAUACACAGGGACUAAGUGCGAAAGGUGUGCUAACGGUUACUAUGGUGACCCCACUGCUCUGGGUCAGAGGUGCACUCCAUGCCAGUGUAAUGGGAAUGUGGACCCGUCUGAGCCCGGUCACUGCGAUCACAGGAGCGGAGAGUGCCUCAGAUGUCUGGGCCAUACGUCCGGUCGGCACUGCGAGAGAUGUGAGGACGGUUACUAUGGCGACGCUGUUACAGCCAAGAACUGUCAGGCGUGUGGCUGCCAUGGAAACGGUUCCCAGUCCAGUGUGUGUAACAUGAUUACUGGUCAGUGUGAGUGCAAGGCCAACGUUGUUGGUGUGAGGUGUGACCACUGUGAAGCUGGUUUCUAUGGCAUUAACAGCAGCAUUGGAUGCCGGGCGUGUAACUGCAGCCAAUCAGGAUCAGUCUCCACGUCAUGUGAGGAAGAUGGGCAGUGUCAGUGCAUUACCGGGGUAACGGGUGACAAGUGUGACCGCUGCACCCGUGGCUACUACAACUUUACUGAGAAUGGCUGCAAACCGUGCGACUGUGCACACACACACGAUCACUGUGAUGCUGCGACAGGAGAGUGUAUCUGUCCUCCUCACACUACAGGGCUGAAGUGUGAGCAGUGUGAGGAAGACCACUGGGGUCAUGACAGUGUGACUGGCUGUAAGGCGUGUAACUGCAGUGUGUCAGGCUCGGACUCGUCCCAGUGUGACCUGGUGACUGGACAGUGUCAGUGUCGACCACAGUUCUCAGGACAGAACUGUGACCGCUGCACCAUGGGCUUCAGAAACUUCCCAGAAUGCACUGCCUGUAACUGUAACACCCAGGGAACACAGAAGGAGUUCUGUGACACCCAGCUGGGCGUGUGUGGCUGCGAGGACCACGGAAAGUGUGCAUGCAAGGACAAUGUCGGGGGAAGAGGCUGUGAUGAGUGUAAGAAGGGGACAUUUGGUCUGUCAAAGCACAACCCCGCUGGCUGCAGCCCCUGCUUCUGUUUUGGGGUCUCCUCCAGCUGUGAGGAACUGGGAGGACUGGUCAGAGCACCAAUCACACUUGGUUCUGAUCCGACCCGUCUGCGUGUGGUCAGUCAGAAUGACUUGCACGGGACACUGGAUGGUGUUUAUCUGGCCCAGGGCGAGAUGGUGUUAGACAACAGUCAGCUGAAGACCUCCUUACUGACUGGUCCUUACUACUGGAGACUGCCCAAACAGUACCAGGGCAAUCAGCUGUUGUCCUAUGGAGGCAGGCUCUCAUACACCGUGGCCUUCUUCGCUAUGGACGGAACGGGUUUAUCCAAUUAUGAGCCUCAGGUUCUGAUCCGUGGAGGACACCUGAGGAAACUGGUCAUUUACGCAGACAUGUCCGCCCCAGAGAACGGGCUCAGGACCCAACACGAUGUUCCACUGACUGAGCACAAGUGGAAGUACUUUAACUCUGUAUCUGAGAAAGCUGUGAGUCACUCUGACUUCAUGUCCGUCUUGAGUAGCAUCGAGUACAUCAUCGUCAAAGCCUCUUACGGCACAGACAUGCAACAGAGCAGGAUCUCCAACAUCACUAUGGAGACGGCUGUGGAGGCAGAGGAGGCUCCAGAGGGAAUGGAGGUGGCACAUCUGGUGGAGACGUGUGAGUGCCCUCCGGGCUACGCCGGCCUGUCCUGUCAGGAGUGUGCUCCCGGAUUCUACAGACAGUCUGUGUCUGAGCUCAAUAUGAAGGGAAUGAACAGGCCUCUUAUUCAGCCCUGUGUCCCCUGCAGAUGUAACAACCACAGUCUGGCCUGUGACCUGGACACAGGAGAAUGUCUGGGCUGUCAACACAACACAGCUGGAGAGCAGUGUGGCGUCUGUGCCCCAGGGUAUUAUGGGCAGGUGAAGGGAUCCAUCAGUGACUGCUCUCUCUGUGCUUGUCCUCUUCAGAGCAACAGUUUCAGUCCCACGUGUGUUCUGGAAGGUUCUGGUGAUUUCCGCUGUGAUGCGUGUAAGCCUGGUUAUGAGGGACGUUACUGUGAGAGGUGCUCGGUGGGUUACUAUGGAAACCCCUCGGAGCCAGGCGGUACAUGUGAGAAGUGUCAGUGUAGUGCGGCUGGUUCUGUCCACAAUGUGUGUGACACUCUCACAGGAAAGUGUGAGUGUAAAACUGGGGUCAGAGGUCAUUUCUGUGACCAGUGCGAGGACAGACAUGUCCUGAAUGACGACCAGUGUGUGUCAUGCAAUGAUGAGUGCACUGGGGUCUUGCUGGAUGAUCUGGACACUCUGGAACUUUCCGUACAGUCUCUGAACCUCACUGGGGUGAUCCUGGCCCCCUACAGUCUUCUCCUCAGUUUAGAGAACCAGACACGAGAGGUCAAGACUCUGCUGUCCUGGGAGAACAGUCCAGGUUACCACUUAAGCAGAGGAGAGGAGGACCUGACAAACCUCACAGAACGCAUCACAGACCUGCAAGAAAAGGUGUCAGAUUUGUCUGCUUACGGAGAAACAGUGAUUGAGUCUGCGGAGAACAGUCUUUCUCAGGGAGAAGAGCUUAAGGAGGCCAUCACUAAGAUUCAUGCCACAAUCCAAGCUCUAGAGCAGGAGGUGGAUCAGCUGAAUGACACGGUAAAAGAGGACUUUGAGGAGGCCAGCGACCCUCACCUGCUGGAGGAGAUGGAGGCCAUGCUGAAUCAGAUCAGAAGGGUGGAGCUGUCUCACGGCAACGUCACUGCAGAGACGGAGUACAGAGCGGCAGUAACCCUGCUCCAGAGGGUACAGAAUGAGAUCCAGGAACCUUUUGAGAAAACAGACUCACUGAAGGAAACCAUCACACAUACGCUCUCCAUACACAACCAUCAGCUCCACGAGGUCCAGGAGCUCCUCAGGAAUGCCAAGGAGCGCAAUAAUCAAACCAAUCAUCUCCUCCGCAACAUCAGCUCCAACCUCACUCAGUUCACUACUCUGAAACACAGCGUCAGCAGUCUGAAUCUCAGUGUGGAGAGAGAGCUAGUGCAGGCACAGGACCUGCUGACUGAUGCCCUCAACAUCGCUGAAGGCAUGGACAACGUCACCGCUAGGCUGGAAGAGGUAAAAGAUGACAUAGGACUGUGGAGUCCCUCUCUGAGGAAGCAUGUUGACACUCUGGUGAUGGAAUUGACCAAAACAGACGCUCUACAGCUGGUUUACAGAGCAGAGGAUCAUGCCCAGGCCCUCAGCAAAGAGGCCCAGGCUUUAAACAGAUCCCUGUCAGAAAUACAGUCUGCAUCACUGAAUGCCACCAGUGCGGUUAGAGCCAACACCAACGUCAGAGCUGACAUCAACACAGCCUGGGACCUCGCCCUCUCAGCCAAUCAGAGUGCUAGUGCCACCCUCAACCUAACUGAAGAGUCACUGAGUGACCAGAGGAGAGAGGCCACGGAGCAAAGCACUGAGAUCCUCAACAAGGCCAUCACUCUCAACAACUACACUGAACGCCUGGUGUUGAAUGUGAGUCAGGUGGAAGACAGGCUGAGUCUGGUCAGAGCUAAUAUCCGGAACUUUACCCAGCUGCUUCCUGAGACACUCAUCAUCCUGGGCAACCUGCCCAACGGCAGCAGAGAGCAGGUGCUGGAGGCGAAGCAGCAGGCAGAGGGGGCUAAGAACUCCCUGCUGGAGGCCCUGCGGCGACUGGAGGAAUUCCGGGUCAAACUGGAGAAGUCCUCCUCUGCUGUGAGUGUGGCCAACAGCAGCGCCCAGAGUGCCAAUGAACUGGUCAUCGACUCUGAGGAGACCACGAAUUCUGCUGAGUCCAAACUGAACGAGGCUCAGAGGAGGACGGAGAAACUGUUUGACCAACUCAAACCUCUGAGGACUCUUGGAGAGAACCUUAGCAGAAACCUGUCAGACAUCAGAGAGAUGAUCAACCAGGCCCGCAAACAAGCAGCUUCAAUUAAAGUUGCAGUGUCUGCAGACCAUGACUGUAUCAGAGCAUACAGGCCUGAGAUCUCCUCCAGCAACUUCAACACACUCACCCUGACCGUAAAGACGCCAGAACCAGACAACCUGCUCUUCUAUAUGGGCAGCAGCUCAAUUGCGGAUUUUAUGGCUUUGGAGAUGCGACAUGGGAAGGUGGCAUUCCUGUGGGAUUCCGGUUCUGGUCACGUCAAACUGGAGUACCCCAGUGUCCAGAUCAACAAUGACAAGUGGCACAGAAUCAAUGCCACUCGCUUUGGAAAGCAAGGCUCACUCACAGUCCAACAAUUAGACUCUGAGCCCAUGCCUGCAGUGAAGGCCACGGCGCCUGGGUCCUCCACCGUGAUGGACAUCGACAAGUCCACCUGGCUCUUUGUGGGAGGUCUGGGCGGCCAGGUCAAGAAAUCCUCAGCGGUGAAGAUGACAAAUUUCAAAGGGUGUAUGGGAGAGGCCUCUCUCAAUGAGAAGAACAUUGGUCUGUGGAACUAUGCUGAAAGAGAGGGAGAAUGUGGCGGAUGCUUCAUGAGCCCCCAGGCAGAGGAGACCUCCUUCCACUUUGAUGGGAGUGGUUACUCAGUGGUGGAGAAGUCUCUCCGCUCCACCACCACCAGCAUCGUCAUGUUCUUUAAGACGCUCUCCCCCAAUGGCCUCCUCCUCUAUCUGGCCUCCAAUGGCACGAGAGACUUUUUGUCUAUUGAACUGGUGGAGGGCAGAGUGCAUUUAACCUUUGAACUGGGCUCAGGAGCUCUCACUAUGACCUCCACUAAAGUGUAUAACAAAGGAUCCUGGUAUAAGAUCACACUGCAGAGGAAUAAACGCAAAGGUUAUUUAGCCAUAAUGGCUGCAGACAACCCUGCGGAGAGAGAAGUCAUGGAGGCGGAGUCUCCUGGGACGGCGUCUGAUCUGAACCGGUCUGAUCUGGACCCCAUUUAUGUCGGUGGUCUUCCUGCAUCCAGGCCCAUCAGGAGGCAGGUUGUAGCACGCUCAUAUGUUGGCUGCAUCAAAAGUGUGGAAAUUGCACGCACGAACUUUGACCUGCUCAGGGAAUCUUAUGGUGUCAAGAAGGGUUGUGUGUUAGAGCCUGUGCGCAGUGUCUCUGUGUUGGGCGGCAGUGGCUUCCUGGAAAUGCCAGGCUUCACGCUGGGUUCUCAGACAGAGAUAAUGACCACGUUCUCCACCAAGAACAACACAGGCCUCAUUCUGGCCGGAUUCAGCACCGACGCAGGACGCAAGCGUAGGCACACAGCACAGUCCUUCCUGGCAGUUAUGCUGGUGUCUGGCAGACUGGAAGUGUAUGUGAACAUGGUAGAGGGUGGGACUGUGCCCAAAGUUGUCAUCAAAUCACGUAACAGGACUUUCAGUGACGGACAGGAGCACUCACUAAUCCUACAGAGGAACAAAAGGACCAUGACUGUAUUUGUGGAUGAGGAUAACCAGGCGUCCAUGCGUCUGGGCUCAUCUGUGGACAGAGGCCUGGCUCUGAGUAGGGUCUAUGUCGGAGGAGUUCCGCCAGGAGAGGGCACUGGUGUGCUGAGUACCACCAGUUCUUUCUAUGGCUGCAUCAGGAACAUGGCAGUUGACACCAUGUUGCUGGACUUGUCCCGAGCUGUUAGGUAUGAGAACGUGGAUAUGAACAGCUGUCUGCUGGAGGAGAGACCCAAACCAGUAGUUCUACCAGACGACAGUGAAGUGGACCUGGAGCCCACCCAGAACCCUGUUAGACCACCUGCCACGCCCCCCGCUGAACUCAGUGCCCUCACACCCGGAUCCAGCACGUGUGCUGCAAUGGACAACACUGCCAGUCUCCAGGAGGCCGUCCACUUUGGCCUUUCCAAAAACAGUCACAUGAUCAUCGGCUUCAAGAACAGGACCGUUCGCACAAGCUUCACUGUUAAACUGUCUGUGCGGACGUUUGCAUCAAGCGGUAUUCUGUACUACAUGGCUAAUGCUAACCAGCAGGACUAUGCCAUUCUCCAGCUGCAGGGGGGACGUCUGGUUUUCUCCUGUGACCUGGGCCGUGGUCCAGCCUCUGUCACCUCACCCAUGUCCAUCAACAAUGGCCUCUGGCACACGGUGAAGACAGAGUUCAGUAAAAAGAGUGUGGGCCUGAGUGUGGACAGUCAGGAAUCAGAACGGGUUCAGACUAAAGGACACACCCUGGACGUGGAGGGCAAACUUUACCUCGGUGGACUUCCCUCGACCUACGUCGCCAAGAAAAUCAGAAAUGUGACCCACAGCCUGGCGGGUUGCAUGCAGAAGGUGAUGUUUAACAGCGUGGAGAUGAACAUGCUCAGUCCAGUGUCUAAGUUUGGCACAACUUCCUGUUUCACUGCAGUCCAGGAGGGCUCCUUCUUCAACGGGACUGGUUACGCCGCCUUCAUGAAAGAUGGAUAUAAUGUUGGCUCAGACGUGACUGUGAGUCUGGAGUUCCGCUCCACCGCCCUGGAUGGGGCCAUUCUGGGCAUCAGCAGUACCAAGGUGGACGCCAUUGGUCUGGAGCUGGUGAAUGGGCAGGUUGUGUUUAACGUAAAUAACGGAGCAGGUCGGAUAUCCGCCACAUCUCGGAGCACCGUGUGGCUUUGUGAUGGACGGUGGCAUUCCAUAGUUGCCAAGAAAUUUAAACACCGCAUCAGUGUGACUGUGGACGGAGUGACGGUGACCACGGAAAACCCGUACUCCUCAUCAACCUCAGCCGAGACCAAAAACCCCAUCUACGUAGGAGGAUACCCAGGUGACGUGAAACAGAAUUGUCUGACCACAAGAGCCUCAUUCCGCGGCUGCAUGCGUCACCUAAGAGUUCACAAAGGUCACCUGACUGACUCGCUGGAUUUCAGUUCUGCUUUUGCCCUUCAGGGCGUGUCCCCGCACUCCUGCCCUGCCGCCGCGGCUUGA